AUGGCCGCCGCAGUCAAAGCUCUCAAUGCGAAGAUAAGGUCGAACAAGGUGCUUGACUACUUCUGCUCAACGCAUUUCUGGGGCCCAGCUUCAAACUUCGGCAUCCCCAUCGCCGCCGUCAUGGACACCCAAAAAGAUCCUGAAAUCAUCUCCGGUCGAAUGACGGGCGCUCUCAUAAUCUACUCGGGAACAUUCAUGCGCUACUCACUCGCCGUAUCGCCCAAGAACUACCUGCUCUUCGCAUGCCAUUUCAUAAACUUCGGCGCCCAGCUGACACAGGGGUAUCGGUAUUUGAAUUGGUGGAACUGGGGAGGGCGGGAUACGGCAAUCAGAGCGGGGAAGUUUAAUGUGCCAGCUGCGGAACAGGCAAACGCCGGUGCGGAUAAGAAGUCGUAA